GACCAUGCAGAGAUCGAGUGGGAUGGGUAGUGCCUUCUCCAUAGACUCUCUGAUAGGAAACCCCCCAACACAAUCAGGGCAUGUGCUCUAUACAGGAUAUCCCAUGUUUCUGCCUUAUCGUCCCCUGGUUAUCCCUCAGAGUUUACCUCCUUCUCCACUUCCUCCUCUUGGACCUUUGGCAUCUUUCGCCGGCCGUUUGACGAACACUUUUUGUGCUGGUUUGGGACAAGGGCUUCCUUCUAUGUUGGCCCUGACCACUACUUUGCCCAGCUUUAGGGACACACCAGAGGACUUCUACUCACUAAAUGAGCCCUGCAGACCUUCUACUCCAGACCCCAUGGGUGGAAGCAAGCAGCAGGAACUUCCUGAGAACCAAGACAACAUUUCAGAGUCCAUCCAAUACCCACACACAUGCACCAGCCUGGCAGGAGAAGGAAAGCUGUACAGCUCAGAUGAAGAAAAGGUGGACAGCAAAACCUCAGAUCUUGGCUGUAGUGAUCGCGAAGAUGAGGAAAGCACUGGGGACAGCUGUGAUGAAAGUCUACCAGAUAAUGCCCACAGUCCCACAAGGCCAAGGGUGAAAGGAAAGGGGGGUAAUCAGGACUCAGUGGGAGGUGUAAUGGUAACAUCUGGGAAAAGCCGGAGGCGCAGGACAGCAUUUACUAGUGAGCAGCUCCUGGAAUUAGAGAAGGAGUUUCACUGCAAGAAGUACCUCUCUCUCACAGAGAGAUCCCAGAUUGCUCACACUUUGAAGCUCAGUGAGGUUCAGGUGAAGAUCUGGUUCCAGAACCGAAGGGCCAAAUGGAAACGGAUCAAGGCUGGAAACAUCAGCAGUCGUGCUGGUGAACCAGUCCGAAAUCCCAAGAUUGUGGUUCCCAUCCCAGUACAUGUCAACCGUUUCACGGUCCGGACACAGCAGAUGGAGGGUGGGCGGCCCUAG